AUGGCAUCUGCACCAAUAACAAAUAAUUCUCCAAAAGCCUUAUUAACAGUGUAUGAAGAUAAAAAUGAUGAAAAAUCGGAAAAAAAGUUGACUGUUCUUGAAACACAUGGUUAUACUCUUGGUAAAACAAUCGGAGCUGGUUCAUAUGCUACUGUAAAAAUUGCAAAAUCUGAUCGACAUGAUUGCCAAGUAGCAGUAAAAAUCGUUUCUAAGUUCCAAGCCCCUGGUGAUUAUUUAAAAAAAUUCCUACCCCGUGAAAUUGAAGUUGUUAAAGGUUUAAAGCAUCCAAAUUUAAUUCGUUUUCUUCAAGCAAUCGAAACAACCCAUCGUGUUUAUAUUAUUAUGGAAUAUGCUCAAAAUGGUAGUUUAUUGGACAUAAUCAGACGUGAUACAUUCAUCGAUGAAUCCCGUAGUCGGCGAUGGUUUCGACAAUUAUUAGAAGCUAUCAAUUAUUGUCAUGGACGUGGUGUAGUACAUAGAGAUGUCAAAUGCGAAAAUCUCUUAAUGGAUCAGAAUUUCAAUAUCAAAUUAUCUGAUUUUGGAUUUGCACGUGGACAUAUGAAACCGAAAAACGGUAUAGCUCCAUUCAGUGAAACUUUCUGCGGAAGUUACGCUUAUGCAUCACCAGAAAUAUUAAAGGGAAUCCCAUAUUUACCUCAACUGUCUGAUGUGUGGUCCAUGGGUGUGGUACUCUAUGCAAUGGUUUAUGGUCGACUACCAUUUGAUGAUACAAAUUACAGUCAACUUCUAAAGCAAGUACAAAGUAGAGUUACAUAUCCUAAAGAACCGAAGGUGUCUCAAGCAUGUCGUUCACUCAUUUCACGAAUACUUGUACCGCAACGCAUACGCUUAGGCACUGAUCAUAUAAGGCAGGAUGCUUGGCUUGCUACAUCUCUUGCUACAGCUCAAACUUCUACUACUGAUACUCUAAUGGAUAUUCCUAUAAUACUAAAUGCAAAAGAAUUGAUAGCUGAAGAGAACCAAGGUACAAACAAGCAUGCGACUGGUGUCGAACCUGAAAUUGUCGAAGUUCUAUCAUCUAAUUUAAAUAUUCUGGACCAAAACAACAAUAAAUACCUACAUUUGAGAUAA